UCAGUCAUUCAUUCAUCUUUAUAUCGUCGAGAAAUUAUAUUUUGUGUAAAUGUCAUUGUUUUGCGAAAUACGUGAUUUGAAGAUGAAGUUAAAAAAACUUUCAAGUGAUAAAGCAAGAUUGUUUAUUUCAGUGGUGAUUUUUUAACAUGGAACACUUACUGACAGAGUGUUUUAGUACCAUAUUUAUGGUGAAAGCAUAUGGACAAGAUUGUGACUAAGUGGAUAAUCACAUUUUUAUGUCUUGUAUUUAUGUUCCUAAUGGUGUUCUUAAUUCAUGUAUUUUAUAAAUGAGAGUGAGUUGUUAAGUCUUAUUGCACAAGGUUAGCAAGAAAGUACACCUCAGCCUUCUCAGGAUUCUCUUUAGAUCAUAUCUGUAAAAGGUUGUUGAAGAAAUUUUCAGUCUGCAAACUUCUUUUUCUGUGCCCUGCUUCCACUUCCAUGUACCUCUUUGGUGGCCUUGAAACAUCUCAGUUGCUCUUGACCUAUUUAAACUUUAAUCACCUAUUAAAGCCAGAUUCUGGUAGAAGUUUUGUUGAUGUUUAAUGGAUGAAAUUUAUGUGUCAGGCUUCACUAAGAUCUUUAUCAAUGACAGACGUGGAGUCUAAUGGCAUACUAAAGAUUGUUGUCCAAAAUCAAUAAAAUGAGAUAUCAAGUAAGGUGUUAAGUGUUAUAAGUAACAUUUGUGAAAUAGGCCAUUGCAUGUUUUUAACCCAAAUUUUCAUGUGCUGUUUUAGUGAUGCAGUCACGCAAAGUGUGUAUGUGGGCUCUACGAGUGGGGGAGCUGGGAUGCUGGCUUUAUGAAACAACUAUGUCAUACACUCAAGUCCUGGAGUGGUAGUGAAUUUUUCUUAUUGGGUCUGUUGAAAAAUUCAGUUAGAGAUAAUUUAAUCUGUAAUUAACUACAUCUUCACUUAUUAUAUAACAUUUUAGUAAAACUAAAUACAGCAGUUGACUAGUAUCAGGGAGUAGUUGAUGACAAGGUCAUCUUGUUUAUUGGGGCCUUUUGAGUGUUAAGAGAACAAUUGUUUUCUGGCAUAAUGUCUAGCAUAUGUUUUUCUGCCAUAAGGUGGUGGUUUGCAUCUAAAGAUCUGUGCAUUCCUGUGGAAGUACACUGCAUACAUUCUGUAACAUUCAGAUGUACAGUCACUUGGGGGAGAGAACAGUGUUACAUUCUGUGGGGGAAGAAAUGUGAUUAUCAGAUACUUUGAAAAAGAACCCUCCAAGUAAAUUUAUUAAUUAUUAAAAAUACUUUUAAACAAAGGGGAGAGAUCAUCACUAAAGUCAGUGAGCUAUUAUACAUUUUCUAGGGACUGUUUCCUUCAACUGUCAUUAUGGGAUGUGAUAAGUACAGAAGUGGGAACAAGUGCCUCAGUACAGUAGACCAUGCUUAGUGAGUUUGUGAUGCAAAGCAAAAUAGAAUUUUCCCCUGGUAGUUUUGGAGACUCAUGUUGAAUUUUACACCCAGGAAAAUAAUCAUACAAUGGGAAGGAGAGGAUAGGCUCUUCUCUGAAAGGCUAUCAUCAUUUCUUUAAGUGAGAUAUCAGAAUUGAAAACCAAAUGUUACUAUAAAGAAUUUGCUAAAAUUAUUUUGGAACAAGAGAGGGAAGUAUAAAUUGUGCCUUUUGAAAGACUUAAUUUCACCAUUACUGUUGCCCUCUGCGAAGAAAAAUGGAAAUGAAUUAGGUACAAAAAAAUGUAAGGAAGAAUAAGGAAAAAGGUGACAAGGAAACCUUAUCCAAUAUAUUGCUAAUUAAUGAGUAUUCACAACAGCUAUGAUCUGAGAUCCUUUAAGCCAAAUCUGUGUUAUAAUAAUCAUCCUAUUACUAGUGCGGAUUUGAAGGUUGGGGAGUAAUUAUGUCAGCGUACAGAUGUUUAUAUAUUAAACUUACCGAUUGACCUGAAAACCUGGAAAGUUGGGAUGAUGACGCUUCUAAUAGAAUUAAAUGUUACCAGAUAUGCAUGCGUACUCAGUCGCUAAGUCGUGUCCAACUCUUUUGACACCACGGAUUCCUCUGUUCAUGGGAUUUCCCAGAGAAGAAUACUGGAAUGGGUUGCCAUUUCCUUCCCCAGGGGAUCUUCCCCACCCAGGAGUCAAACACGUGCCUUCAGCAUGACAGGUGGAUUAUUUACCGCUGAGCCACGUGGGAAGCGUGUUAUUAAACAUACUGACGUCUUUUAAAAAUGAUUUUUCAGCUGGAUACACGGUAGUAAUUACGGUAGCUGGUUAAAGUGAAGCAGCAGGGGCUGCAGUUUCCCAGUGCGGACUCUGGGCGCCGCUGUUGGCCAAAGUCGAGAGCUUGGUGCUGGCGAUCCCGUCGCGCAGCCGCAGAGCACUUUCCCUGUCUCAAGACUCGCUAGUGUUGUCUUUCCACCUAUUCCUCCUCUGGAGAAGAAACCCUGCCUGACCCUCACGCCGAAAAUAAAGCUGUUGGGAGCUCCGGACGACUGCAACAUAGCCAUUAUUUGUAACCCGGCGUCUCCAAGCCGGUGAGCAAACUAAGGGGGGGAGCGAGAGGGAUGGGGAGCGGCGCUGGGAAGAGCGGCUGGGCUGAGAGGCGGCCAGUGCUCUGUCCAUUCCUGCUGUCUUUGUUCUGCCUGGCGCUCUCUGAGCAGAUCCACUACAGGAUUCCCGAGGAGAUGCCCGAGGGCUCGGUGGUGGGGAAUCUCGCCAAGGACCUGAGACUCAGUGUCCACGAGUUACCGACUCGAAAACUGCGCGUCAGUUCGGAGAAGCCUUACUUCACUGUGAGCGCGGAGAGCGGGGAGUUACUUGUGAGCAGCAGGCUAGACCGGGAGCAGAUAUGCGGGAAGAAGUCAGCCUGUGCUCUGGAAUUUGAGGUUGUUGCUGAAAAUCCAUUGAACUUUUAUCACGUGAAUGUAGAGAUCGAGGAUGUCAAUGACCACACGCCAGAAUUCUCGCAAAAUUCCUUUGAGCUACAAAUAAGUGAGUCCACAAAGUCCGGGGCACGAUUUAUUUUAGGAUCUGCCCAUGAUGCAGAUAUUGGUACCAAUUCCCUACAGAAUUACCAGCUCAGUCCUGAUGAUCAUUUCUCACUUGUGAUUAAAGAAAGGUUGGAUGGCAGUAAAUACCCUGAGCUGGUACUAAUGACAUCUUUAGACAGGGAAGAACAGAAAUCCUACCACUUGACCUUGACAGCCUUGGACUUCGGGGAUCCACCCCUGAGCAGUACUGCACAGAUACAAGUCCUGGUAACUGAUGCCAACGAUAACCCUCCAGUGUUCAGCCAAGAACUAUACAGGGUGGAGCUUCCAGAAAACGUGCUUCCAGGCACCACUGUGCUUAGAGUAAUGGCCACUGACCAAGAUGAGGGUGUCAAUGCCGAGAUCACUUUCUCUUUCACUGAAGCAGACCGAAUUACCCAGUUUGACCUGAAUUCUAAUACUGGGGAAAUCAUUAUUCUAAAUACAUUAGAUUUUGAGGAAGUGAAAGAAUAUUCCAUAGUUUUGGAAGCAAAGGAUGGUGGAGGAAUGAUUGCCCAGUGUACAGUGGAGAUAGAAGUCCUAGACAUAAAUGACAAUGCCCCAGAAGUGAUAUUCCAAUCUCUACCGGAUUUUAUUAUGGAGGACACCAAGCUGGGAACACACAUUGCUUUGCUCAAAAUCCGAGACAAGGAUUCCGGACACAACGGAGAGGUUAUUUGUAAAUUAGAAGGCGAUGUUCCAUUUAAAAUACUGACUUCUUCAAGAAACACAUAUAAAUUAGUUACAGAUGGAGUUCUAGACCGCGAACAGACCCCUGGGUAUAACAUCACCAUCACAGCCACUGACAAAGGCAAGCCACCCCUCUCCUCCAGCUCGAGCAUCACGCUGCACAUCGGUGAUGUAAACGACAACAUGCCAGUUUUUGAACGGGCUUCCUAUGUGGUCCAUGUAGCAGAGAACAAUCCCCCUGGAGCUUCCAUCGAGCAAGUCAGGGCCUCUGACCCUGACCUCGGGCCCAAUGGCCAGGUCUCCUACUCCAUCGUGGCCAGCGACCUGGAGCCGCGCGCGCUGUCGUCCUACGUGUCCGUGAACCCGCAGAGCGGCGUGGUGUUCGCGCAGCGCGCCUUCGACCACGAGCAGCUGCGCGCCUUCGAGCUGACGCUGCAGGCCCGCGACCACGGCUCGCCCGCGCUCAGCUCCAACGUGAGCCUGCGCGUGCUGGUGGGCGACCGCAACGACAACGCGCCCAGGGUGCUGUACCCGGCGCUGGGACCCGACGGCUCGGCGCUCUUCGACACGGUGCCCCGCGCCGCGCAGCCCGGCUACCUGGUCACCAAGGUGGUGGCGGUGGACGCAGACUCUGGACACAACGCCUGGCUGUCCUACCACGUGCUGCAGGCCAGCGAGCCCGGACUGUUCAGCGUGGGGCUGCGCACGGGCGAGGUGCGCACGGCGCGGGCCUUGGGCGACAGGGACGCGGCCCGCCAGCGCCUGCUGGUCGCUGUGCGCGAUGGGGGACAGCCGCCCCUCUCGGCCACCGCCACGCUGCUCCUGGUUUUCGCCGACAGCCUGCAGGAGGCGCUGCCGGACCUCAGUGACCGGCCCGCGCCCUCUGACCCCCAGGCUGAGCUGCAGUUUUACCUGGUGGUGGCCUUGGCCUUGAUCUCGGUGCUCUUCCUCCUGGCAGUGAUUCUGGCGGUCGCCCUGCACCUGCGACGCUCCUCCAGCCCUGCUGCUUGGGGCUGCUUUAAGCCUGGUCUCUGUGUCAAGUCUGGACCCGUGGUUCCUCCCAACUACAGUGAAGGAACUUUACCUUAUUCGUACAAUCUGUGCGUUGCCCAUACUGGAAAGACAGAGUUUAAUUUUCUAAAAUGUAGUGAGCAGUUGAGUUCAGGACAAAACAUACUUUCUGGUGAUUCAUCUGGAGCCUUAUUUCCAUUUUGUAAUUCCAAUGAGUCGACUUCUCAUCAGGUGAGUUUCCUGUAA